UCCCCGCGACCUGCGACUGCGACAAAGCGCAUGCCCGCAGCGGGGAUGAAUCCACACCAACGCGAUAACCGGGACGGGCCUGCCCAUGAGCACUCAGAGACCCUGGCUGGCUCAAACUUGCCGAAUGCUGAUCGCAGUGCCAGUCCAGAGGGAGAACGGCCGCCUCUGCCCCCGCGACCAAAUACACUCAGCCUGUUGGACGAUGAACCGGCGUCGCGAACAACCCUGCAGGCGGAGGCCACGACGGCCCUUUCGCGAACGGAUAUCGGUACUCAGUCACCAGGAAGAGGGGGAAGCGCACAGCCCGCAUUGGCUGUCCGUGGUCUUCCUCGAGUAUUGAGAGCACAGGCAAGCCUCAGCCAGCUGGCAAGCCCGCGGGGAAGCGAAGCAGGCGACACGGCAAGUAUCCGCAGUUCAGUCCAAGGUGGCGAUGCGGGGGAUAUGGAAGCCUUCUUCAAAGAUUUUGUUGCGACAGCUCCUGGGCAACAUGAGCAAGAGGUCACGAGCCUACUCCAUUUUCCUGAAUUCCCCGCCGAUGAUGUGGACGACGAUGGGUUUUUGAGCGAGUUUGAACCUGUCGGCGAGCUGGAUGAAGAUGAAGGAGAUGAAGAACUGCUCCUCCAACGGUUGAAGGCCAAACAAAAGCACUAUCUCAUUCUGUCUGCUGCCGGCAAGCCCAUCUGGUCACGGCACGGAGACAGUGGGUUGAUCUCUAGCUAUGUCGGGGUGGUCCAGACUAUCAUAUCUUUCUAUGAAGAUGCAGAUGAUCGCCUGCGGAGCUUCUCUGCUGGAGAUACCAAGUUUGUGAUCGUGACUCGCGGUUCUUUGCACAUGGUUGCAAUUAGCCGCAUGAUAGAGAGCGAGAACCAACUGCGACUUCAACUUGAAGCAUUGUAUAUGCAAAUCUUAUCGACCUUGACCCUUCCAUCCCUGACCCAUCUUUUCUCCGUCCGGCCUUCCACUGAUCUGAAACGACCUCUGCAAGGAUCAGAGACUCUUCUUUCUUCCUUAGCGGACAGCUUCACACGAGGAUCACCAUCUACGCUGCUGUCAGCAUUGGAGUGUCUGCGAAUCCGCAAACAACACCGGCAAGCUAUUAACAAUGCGCUCUUGAAGACGAAAGCCAGUUCCCUACUAUAUGGGUUGGUGGUGGCUGGUGGGCGACUUGUCAGCGUUGUCCGGCCGAGAAAGCACUCACUUCACCCGGGCGACCUACAACUUCUAUUCAACAUGAUCUUCGAAGCUGAAGGAGUCAAGGCCGGGGGCGGAGAGAGUUGGAUCCCCGUUUGCCUGCCUGGCUUCAACAGUAGCGGCUAUCUAUACAUGUAUGUCAGCUUCCUCGAUCUUCGAGGCGAUGUCGACGACAACGAAGAGAUCACCAAGGACGAAUCCGUCGCCAUCAUCCUCAUUAGCCCGGACAAAGAAAGCUUCUUUGAUAUGCAGGAAAUGCGCGAUUCGCUAGUCGAGCAAAUGGAGAGAACCGGCAGUCUUAAGGUAAUCAAAGAGGCCAUUGACGCGGGUCGACCCACAACGACCGACAUCGUGCCUGGGACGGUGCUCCAUCAUUUCCUGUAUAAAUCGCGUGCCAACGUGCAAUUCACCAUGUCAUCCUAUGCUCCCGAGUUCUCUUCAAUUUCUCGUCGACGAAGGCUGAUGUCUAUAUACAACAACCUUCAUGCAAGCAUCCAUACCAAGAACACCCAUGUCAAAGUUUACCAUUGUGUCUCUCGGUCCGCCAGCUCGUUCGCAUGGGUGACUCCAGUAUUCGAACUGUACUGCGUCGCCGAACCGAACACGAACCGAAACGCGCUGGCGCAGAGUGCUAGCAAAGUUGCUCAGUGGGUGCAGCGGGAGGAAGAGAGACUAUUUAUCAUCGGCGGUGCGGUAUGUAUCACCAGUUCUUUUUGGUUUGGUAUUGAGUGCCAGAAACCUGAAAGCUAA